GCAAGGGGGAUCACUGUCGCCCCGUUGGAGCGAGUGGAAGCUCUGUGGAACUGCUGUAAUCAUGGAGGUCGUGGGUCUCCGGAGAACUCCAAAUCGGAUCAGCCUGGACGAUAUGCCGUGCGAAAUCCUCAUAAACAUAUGUUCCUAUCUGGACUACCAAGACCUGCUCCGGUGUAGCCGCCUGAGCCGUCGGCUUCGGGAUGUCUGUGCCCACGACCCCCACUGGCGCGGCCUGUGCUGGAAGUACUGGCUGGAGACAGAGUUACCAGAGGGCGCCACGUGGCGAUCACACUUCCAGGAGCUGUACCGCGACCUACGGCGGUACGUGCACUGUUAUGCAGCCAUGAAGGCCGCCUGGCAGAAGAUCAAGACCUUCAUGCAGCAGCACUGUCCGGUCAUCGCACAAUCCAUCAAGGGUAACGCCGGGACAACAGAGGAGCAGCUCGACGCAGCGGAGCGCAAGCUGGGCGUGCGCUUUCCAGACGACCUGCGGUGCUGCUACCGGAUCCACAAUGGGCAGCGGCUAGCUUCACCAGGGUUGAUGGGCAGCAUGAGCAUUCCGACGCACUACCGCUCGGAAUCUCUUUUGGACCUGGAGACAGCCAUCGCAGGAUUUCAGGUCGGGGGAUUCCAGAGCAGGGACGGCCUACAGGGCUGCAUGCCGCUGACCUUCUGCCUACACUCGGGCCUCACCCAGUUCAUUGCGCUACACGACAUGGACGGCCACGCACCAGGGUGCGUCUUCUACCCAUCGCAGGACCUCACCCAGGGCGUGCGGGGGCACCCACUUGACGCCUUCAUCACCGCUCGGUCCUUCGAAGAAUGGUUCACCGGUUAUGCUGACAUGCUGGAAAACAACGAGUUUGUGGUAGUCGACAACCAACCCUACAGGUUCUACCAUGUGCCAGGCUGCGAGCUGACGACGGACAACAUCACCGUCUCCGUGGCAACGUGCUUCAUGCCAGAGCUGAGCAGCGUGAAUCCCCCGCACUUCUUCCACACCUACCGGAUCACCAUGUCCAUGUCGGAAGAGGCGUCGGACCACGAGAGCUGUCAACUGGAGACCCGCCACUGGAUCAUCACCGACGAGAAUGGGCUUGAGGAACGUGUGGAUGGCCGAGGCGUGGUGGGUGAGUACCCUGUGAUGAGCCCUGGCGCCUACUUCUCGUGGGUGAGCUGCACCAGCCUGAGCACCACCUUCGGCAACAUGAAGGGGCACUUCGUCAUGCGCAACCUGCACACUGGCGAUAUGACCGAGGUUCACUGUCCCGUUUUCAACAUGAAAUGUCUACCGUACGUCACGUCGGCCGAGCGAGAAGCCAUCAAGCGGCAACGGGAUGCCGUCAAGAAGGCGCAGUGAUGCCCGCGGCCUCUCUUGUUGCCGUCAUUGAGUCAACGUCGCGGAUGCUGUCUGCUCUUCCGCGUCACCAGCGGCAUGGCCUGCAACGUUUCCUUAACACCAAGCUGCUCCUGCCUCAACAACCGCUGUGCUCUGGUUCAGUCAGGGAGCCAGCAAACUGAUUGUCGUGACCGUGGGUUUAACACUGGCUGCCUGGAGUAUAAAGACCGGGUGUUUCAGGCCGCCUGGUGCAUUGUGGCCGUGAUGUCAGCUUGGUGAUGCAAUACCAAUAGGAUUUUUUCCUUUUC